UCGUUUUUGCGGUCAGGUCGCAGGUUUUUUCGUGCAAACGGUACGUUUUCGCAGGUUUUCGCCGUGAAAAGUGUCACAAAUACUUCCUCUUCACACCUUUCGAGCGUUGGUGGAGCCAAAAGUGGCAUCAGGUGUCGAGUGCAAGGUUGAUUUCCGUACCAUGUGAAACAUGAUCCCCGAAACUGGAUUUGUCAGGACCAGGUCGGCAGUGUAUACCGAAGAAACGCAGCAGAAUGCUGAAGAAGAAAUUAAAGCAACCUUCGCUGCGGUGUCUGUGCUUACAUUUUUUUUCUGCUGGUGCAUUUGUUUCCCUCACACGCUCGAAGGCAUCUUAUCGACCGUUUCGUUCUAUCACCAACAUCUUCGGCUAGUGACGGGUUAAAUAGAGUGACUGCAAGAAAUACGCAUCGUUUGUAUCGUGACAAAUAGCCACCAAUCUGCUGCCACUGGGCCGAGAAAAAAACAGAAAAAAAGAAAUAGCGGCCAGUCCGCGCGUUGAACGCGAAUGCAUGCGCAAAAAGAAAAAAUCACAGAUAUCCGUGCGAGAUGGAGUACUGAGAUAGAGGACAAGGUGAUAGAACGAAAGAGAAUGCCCGAUAUGGCAGGCAAGGAUAAACAGAGAAGGAGAAUGAUUGUGCGUUUGCAGUUAAAUAAGCAUAUCAGCAGCAGCAGCUCCGGUGCGCAACCGAAAGUAGUGAGUUCAAUUUUCCCCGCAUAGCAGUCGAAGGAUUCCUGGCGAGCUAAAACAAACAUCUUCAGCCAACCCGGGAUUCGUUUCCAGCGCUCGUCCUCGGUGUGACGGGAGGUUGUGGCCGCACGGGAAGCAUGGAAUAGAUGCGUGCUUGAUCGACGGGAAGACCACCAGUGUACCAGUGUCUCCGUGUCCGUGCGUGCGUGUGCGCGCUAGGUGCAAGUGAGGAAAUUUGUGUGUGUGUGAGCUCUGGUGUUGUUGCGGGAAAUUCUGCAAUCUACGUGCGAAAAGUCCCACUGCGAGCGACGGUACUUGGGCAUUCCGGUACGGUGAAGUGAUUCGUUUCAACAUCCGCUACUGUGCGUGUGCGUGUGCGUGAACGGUGUGCAGCAGGAAACAAUGGUGGUGCCGGCGAAGGGUUUCUUGCUGACGCUGCUGGUGCUGGUUGCCAGUAGCAGCUUCCACGGACACCAUCAGGUGAAGGGCGAGAAGUACGAGGACGAGGACGAUUACUACGAUUCGCGAGAGCGUGUCCUGGAAACAUCGUACCAUGGUUUGAUCAAGGAAAACGAAACGUUCGUCGAGAUAACGCCGCUGAUCAAAGUCGACGAAUCUAAAAUCUGUGGAUUCCACAUAAUCAAAAAGAACAAGGAGAUACCAUUUCAGAUUGAACUAGUCAACGAGCUUGGUAUCUUGAAAGCAAAAAAGACACUGAAUUGCGAGAAGCGGAAAAACUACAAGUUUGAUAUAACUGCUGUUUUCUGCGAUGGAUCGCAUUCGAAGAGCGCGAGCGUUCACAUUUCCGUGAUUGACAUUAAUGAAUAUUCGCCAACAUUCCUUCAGCCUUCGUACGUCACCGAGGUCGACGAAGGACGACUGUACCAGGAAAUCAUCCGCGUGGAGGCGACGGACAAGGACUGCACGCCGCUGUUCGGCGAUGUGUGCAAGUACGAGAUCCUCACCAGCGACCAACCGUUCACCAUCGACAACGAGGGUUCGAUACGCAACACGGAGCCGCUGUCGCACAAGAUCUCGCACAACCACAUCCUGUCGGUGGUGGCGUACGAUUGCGCGAUGAAGCAGUCCGCGCCGGUCAUGGUGAACAUCCGCGUGCGGCGCGUCUGCGAGGCCCACGUGAUGGGGGUGGCCGAGCGGAUCGACUACAGCGCCAACUCGAUGGAGAGCGUCUCGCUGUUCCCGAAGAUCCACCUCGAGCUGUGCGACAUGCAGUGCAAGGGCGAGGAUAUGGUCAUCCAGUCGUCGGUGUCGCUGAAGACGAAGCACAUCUCGUUCGGAUGCGACCGGGACGCGAGCCAGUGUCUGCGCCGGUUGAGCGAGGACCGCGCGGCGGAGGGUGGUGACGCGACGACGACGACAGGGUUGGUCGAUCUGCUGCAGAAGAACACCGACUGGACGAAGGAUCUGACGUACGACGAGGGUGCCGAGUCGAUCUUCCAUUUCGACGGCAGCUCGGGCGCGAUUGUACCGAAGAACGUCGUGCAGCCGCAGGACUUUGCCGCGCAUCAGUUCAGCAUCGUGACCAUGUUCCGGCAUCACAGCAUCGCGAGUAACGACAAGCACACGAAGGAGCACAUCGUCUGCAGCGCGGACGAUCACAAGAUGAACCGGCACCAUAUGGCGCUGUUUGUGCGCAACUGCCGGCUGAUACUGCUGCUGCGCAAGGACUUCAACGAUGGCGAUCUGAACAUCUUCAGCCCGGCCGAGUGGCGCUGGAAGAUCCCGCAGGUGUGCGACAACGAGUGGCACCACUACACGAUCAACGUCGACCUGCCGAAGGUAGACCUGUACAUCGACGGCAUUCGGUUCGAGAGCAACGUCGAGGACCGGCACAGCAACCCGGAGGUGAUCGACGACUGGCCGCUGCACGCGGCGCACGGCAUCAACACGACGCUCGCCAUCGGCGCCUGCUACCAGGGCUCGGAGAACCGCCUCAAGCACGGCUUCAGCGGCGACAUCUCUGAAAUCAAGCUGUCCACGCGCAAGGUGCUGACGGCGAACCAGAUCCGCUGCGGCACCGAUUGCGCCGAGAAGCUGCUGCCGCCAGCCGACCACUACCUGCAGCCGGAACAGCAGAUCCAGUCCAACACGCAGAUGAACAAGAUCAUCACCGAGGGCAGCAACAAGACCAACAUCGAGCAGCUGCUGCAGCAGAUUCAGUACAUCAACUCCAAGGAGAACCCCACGAUCGGGCGCCGCAACAUCCAGGUGAUGACGACGGUCAGCUGCCCGAACAAGAAAGCCAUCCGGUUGCCCACGAUCGACACCUAUAUCAUGGUGACCGCCGCCAACAACCUCUCCGGUCAGUCCUCCACUUCGUCGUCCGCUGCGUCCUCGUCGUCGUCGUCGUCGUCCGGUUUGUACAACAAGAUCCUCGUGGACAAACCGCUCACCACCGACCAGAAGCCACAGAUCGUGAUCAGCGGCAACUCGAACCACCUCGUCUCCUACCCGGACAUCAAGGAGGGUGUCAAGAUUCUGGCGCAGAUCAACAUCAGCGUCUACACCGGCAAGGACAUCCGCGGAGAGCUGCAGAAGCUCGACUCGUGCAACGUGAACGUAUUCCCGAGCCUCAACCCAGACCACGAAGAGAUCACGAUCGACGACAAGGACGGCACGGAUGAGUCGCUCUUCAAGUUCGACAUCAAGACGCAGAUCAGCAAGGAGGGCGUCGAGAUGAUCGGCUACGAUACGAUCGAGAACUACCAGCACGUGCUGAAGUCGCUGGUGUACAUCAACAAGAAGCCGGCCUACUACCUGAACCGGGUGUUCAAGCUGACCUGCUCGCAGGUGGACGACCAUUUCCGGAGUGCCGAAUACACGCUCACGCUCACCGUGCUCCAUCCGAAGCAGCAGCCGACCUCGUCCGCUUCCGUCGCCGGUGGUGCCGCACCAUCCUCGAACGUGCUGCUCGCUAUCUCGACGGCAACGUCCGACGGUGGUCAGCAUGGUGCAGCCGUUGCCGUUGAUUCGCAUGACAACACCAACCAGUACGCGCACGCGAUGCUCCACUCGCACGACGUCCAGGAGUCGCAAUCGAAGGUCCGCAGUAGCAGCAGCAGUGCACUGAUUGGCCAUGAGAAGCUCGCCUCGUCGCACUCGACCAUGUUGAUCGUGGUCAUCUGCGCCUCGUUCGUGCUGCUCAUCUGCGGCGUCGGCAUCGCCCGCCUACGCAACAACAGUGCCGCCAGCGGCGUCAGGGGACACCACGGCGGUGCGACCGGUGCGGCCGGUGGCCACUCGCGCAACACCGACAAGCACCAGCCGUGCCCGAAGGUGGCCCCGGACCAGCAGCUAGACUGGGACGACUCGGCGCUCACCAUCACCAUCAACCCGAUGCAGAACGACAAUCUGUCGGACGAGAGCUCCGAGUCGGAGAACUCGGACUCCGAGGACGAGGAGGUCCUGAACGGGCGCUACAAGAACGUCAGUCAGCUGGAGUGGGACAACUCCACGAUCUAAAUGAAUAUAUCAUUUUAUUUUAAAAGAAAGUAUGACAGAUUUAUAAACAAAAACAGCCACACUCCAAGCAAACCCCUGCAUUAUCAGCAUUACAAAACGGAAAAGAAAAAUUGGCAAGCAGCAGCAGCAGCAACAGUAGCAGGAACAAACGCAUCCACUCAUUUAGCAAACAACAAGAAAUGAUCCACUAUAUACAGGCUAAAAACACCCCCCUCUAUAUAUAAAUUAAAGUAUAUAUAUAUAUAUUGCAGAACAACAGAACCCCCCCUAUACUCUCGUACCAUCCAACACGCAGGGCAAGUAAGCACCGAAGAGCAUCAGUAUUGCGUGGGAAAGCUGCAUUCGGCUUUCUAGGAGGAAUACUUAAAAACAAUCUGAUAAUUUGCUUCCCCAACCCUCAGUGAAUAGGGUGCAUUAUUGCAUUUUUAUGGAACGGGAGAAUAAAAGCCACCUCACCUAGCCAGCAGCUCUUCAGAAAGCAGUGUGUGUGUGUGUAACUGAAGCGCUUGAAACGUUCCCCAGUGAGCGAAGCAUCUCCCAGUGUUAGGCAUGGGGAUGGAUUUUACACACUUUGGUCACUUGGUCCGCAUCCUGUGGGACCUUGUAAGCCGAAGCCCUUUUUUGUGUAGCCACAGGACACCGCAAUGUACUUACAAUGCAAACACAUACUCGGUCAAUGGAUUGUAUGUCUGUGUGUGUUUGUGUGGUGUAUGCAAAUGAGCAUCUUCGGGAGGAAGCAGCAAGCACACUUCCCAAUGCCAUUUCCAUCGCUCUCCUUUAGGGUUUUUUGUUGCGCUCCACAAGCCAUCCACGGUGCAAGGGAACUACCGCUAUGGUAAGAAAACACACUGUUGCGAUGGAUAUGUAGAAGGAGGUGGUAGGAAACCGUCGAGGAUCCAUUAAAACUAGAAACCAGCUUAAUAAGAAGGAUUCUAUAUUAUGAAAUAAAGAAAAAUCCAGAGAAUGAAGGAAAGAAAAAAUCGUAGCUAUACAGUAAAAUACAGGAGGGUAGCGGAGAACGAAAAGGGGAAGCUAUAAACUAUAAAAAGGGAAUGAGUAGCAAAAGGUUUAAAAAUAACAAAAAACAGAGAAGCCGAAGGGAGGUAGAAAUAAGCGUAAAACGUGUGUAAUAGUGUGUGAGAUGUAAAAAAUUGAUAAAAAAAAACAAACAGAAGCAUGCACGAGGAUACUGAAAGCACCACGUAGCGGAGCAGUAGCAGAGAAACAGAAUCAUUGUAAUGGAACACAGAAUCCGUCUGUGCUAAGGGAGGGAGGGCACAGGGAGAAACGGAAGAAAACAAACGUUUAUGAUAAGACGACUAACUAGUAUCAUUAGUACUACUGCUAUCACUACUACCUACCUACCUACCUACCUACCUACCACUACUACUACUACUACACAAACUGCUAGUACCAGUGCAAAAGAACCCUGCUACAGCAUAUCCCCUACCAUCAACAACAAAACGGCGAAAGUUAUGCAACAUUUAGCAUACGCAGAAGGCAGGCACACUGAAGAAGGCGAAGGCGCGUCCGGAUCCGGUGGCCAGAGCUCGGUGUGCCCGGUGAUACCCGGUAAAGGCAGAAACUCCGAUCCAUUCACUUACACACUCGAUAAAAUGCAGACUUGGACCCACGAAACAAGAGUGUCACCAUUCCCGAUCCCGCGUAGCACACGGCACACCGCGGCAUAGUUAUUAGCGGGUCGCCACCACAAACGAGGUGCCACGACCCCUCCCCCGGGGUUUGACAGACCUCUCCGUUUGUCCAGGGAUGGCGUUGAAAAGCAACCACCUUGCGUUUCGGGUAGCAACACUAUCGCACUUGCGGAAGACGCGUCGAACACAAUCCCUUCCGACACACAUACAGCAGCUUCGUAUGGGGAGGUGCAUGAGUUGGCCCCCAACACUCUGCGGUCAUAACCGUCUGCCGUCCUGUGCCUGAUGCCACUCGGCGCCGGAAGCAUACCAGCGGAACGAACGGUGAAAGCGCUGCGACGAAAUCCGACCGAUAUCAUUGCUGCUGGCCAAACAUUACCCCGUCCAGCUCUCCACGUACGUUUGGGUGUGGGCUCUGUCGUCCACCAAUCAUAUCAUCCAUCCGAUGGCAUCGGCGGUGCCAUGUGAGUUUCCGUUGUCUAUUAACGCCGCGUCCAGGUUCCGAGCGUAGUAGCAGUGGCAUUUCUGGUAUGCUUUGAUGCUUUCCGGAAGCUGCCUACCAUCCCUACGGUCACACUCGUUUGCUGACAGACUGCGUGUGUAUGUGUGCAUGGGUGAUGUGGUGUGAGUGCGUAUACACGUUUUUCUUUUCAAGUGCACUCCUUUCAUUCACUUGUUUGACUGCUUCAAAACUGUCGUCCAUAGCGUCCUGAUCAAAGGGCUGGCGGUGACGACGUGUGAACCGGUAGUUUAUUGUACUUUUUAAUUACGCGCACAAGUCCGUACCGUUUUUUCUCGUAAUAGGAAGAACAGAAAGCAGCUGAAUACAGGAGGAAUUGAUUUGCCUAGGCCAUGGGCAAAGGAUAUGGAAAGGCAUAAUGGGCAUGCUUAAUUUUAUUUACAUCAACACUUUUUCCACAGCUCUGUACAACACUUUCUCACACCCUAGCGUUUAAUACAUUUUUUUUUAAUAAAAAAUCUUUAUUGCCAUUACAAAAAUUUGAUUUUUUUAAAAACAUUUUUCCAUUUAUUUUUCUUUUAGUUUCUUUUGUUUUCUGUUUCAGAAACUUGGUAGGUUUGUUGAAAAGGCUCCGAAAAAGAAUGUACCGGAAAGGGGGAAAAUUGAACCAAGCAUCAGCAUCAGAACGGAAUAUAUAUAUAUGUGUAUGUAUAUCGCACCCUGAGCACACUAAGCGAUGAAAAUCUCGAGAAAUAAAGGAGAUACCAAGGGAUACCUUAACCCCCCAGAUCACAUGAAGUGAGUUGUUGUGCCGAACAUCAUGUACGUGUAACAUUACUCCCCAUGAACGUUGUGCUGGAGUUAGCUGCAGCGUGUCUUCAAAAGGACACACCAUUCGAAAUGUCCACUUCUCGGUCAGAUAUUCGGAAUUCCCACUCUCGGACAUAUCGUACUUGCGUAAGCUUAUUUUAAGUGAAUGUUGUCUCAACUGAAAACGAAACCGAACACGUGUACAUGAUACACGUGGGGGUAUUUGAAAGGAUAAUAAUAGCGUCUACAUUAACCAUGUUUAUGUGAACAUUUGUUGUGUGCAUGCGUGUGUCUGAGUGUGCGUGCGUGUGUGUGUGUGUGUGGUAGGUUUUGGUGGUGUAGAAAAUGCACGACGCAGGUGAAAGAAGUUUAAUCCAGCCUCGCGUAGGAGGACAUCGAUGGAAAGAUCGUCCAACGGUGCGUGUCGGCAAAGAGUACUUUAUUUGAUGACGUGUCUGUUUGCGUACCGUGAUGCGGUUAGAAUGCACUUCGGUGCUGUGCGUACCAGACCACAUUUGCAACGAGAGCUGGCCAUUAAGAGGAGAAGAAAAACCUCUCACCGUGUCGAUGAUAAAAUCAAUGUCCAAAUAAAAUUCUUCCCGAUCUUUGGACCAUUCCCGGAAAUCCCGUUCCAUGCAUUGACCGUGCCGAGGGUAACCACAUGGACGGAUUAUUACGCUGUUUGAAGUGGGACUACCCUCUCGUACUGAGAGUUCCCACUAACCCACCAUUUUCCUCUACGUUGAAUCUGAACCAUGCACACACUUUUGCACAUUUUUCCUUUGAUUGGUUAACCAAAUGAAACCUACAGCCUUCCGGCGGACCUCUUUUUUGCUCGCUUUUAAAACACGCACAACUAACCAUGAUUGCUAAAGAAUUUUCUAGUUGAUAUCUUGCCAUACGCUCGAAAUACCGUCCAAAUCGAUCAUUGCGGUCCAAGCACCAGAAAACGAAGCGUAUCGCAAAGACCCUAAUAAAGGGAAAAAUCAUACGCUUGCAGGGAAUGGCCUGCGGUCGCUGCUCCUUCACUCCUCCUUUUUUUUUUUUUGUGGCCCCAAAAGAAACACGAGGUACGGUGGCUCGCGUCGUGAAAAGUUGGCAGCAUGGAACCGUUUGCUACUCAUUAGAAAUCCAUAAUCCAAGAGAGAGAUGUAAACCCUAGUUGGUGUAGAGUACUUUUGGUGUUAUCUUCUGUUGAAACAAAUAAAAAUGUAUCAAAUAAAUUAACGGACAACAGACAAACAAAACCCAAACCAACUGAGGCUUUCUUUUUAUAAUUUUAUUAUGAACCGGAAUUUUCCUAUGCUCGAACGUUGAAAUUUUAACGUUACUCAUUAUGCACUGUUCAUAGUUUCAACUAGUUUUAUUUCGUUUGGAAUUUACAACUAUAGUGACAUUUUUUGUGCGUUUCGGACCCACUUUAAUGUGGCUUCAAAGGUAAAACGGUGUACUCCCUUAAGGACACCCGUGUGCAUGUUUGUUGUACCUAUCGGUAAGCCCCCGCCGGUGUGGCUUCCUUUCUGUUUGAUGUGCAUUCUUAGAGAAAAGAAGCCCAAAUUGAAGGUAGCAUAACUAAUCUACGGGAAAAACAACAAUGCUAAGCAUGAGUUAUGAACAUCAAACAGAGUGGUAAAUUGGGAGGAAAGAAAGAGUUUUGUUCUCCUGAAACGGAAGAAGAUAGGAAGGAGGAAAAAAAUGCGCGAACAAAGCGUAAGAUCUUUUAGCCGAUACACUACACCUAUCAUUAAAAUUUAACAAUGUGUAUAUUGAAUAAAAUGAGUAGUGAAACGUGCCGUGUGUAUACACUUAAAUAAAUAUAUACAUACAUGUACACAAUUUUUGGCCCGCAGAAGUGUGUAUGUUGAUUUGUGUGUUUCGUUCUCCGUGUGCGCACGCCGGUCUCCGCUUCGUCAACGAGACAUCCGUACAUUUAAAUGCAUAAAUCCGACCGGCCGUAAGCAAACAAUUAUAAUCACGCUUGAAAAGUUAUCCAUCAGUAAAACCACACAGGAGGCAGAACGUUGGAUGUGAACAGGAACUUGCAAAGCAAAGUUCUAACUACUGGAUAUGAAAAACAGACGGUAAAACACACACAAACAACGUACGUAGUCCCAAGGACGUCUUUUUUGUUUGAAGCACCUUUUUUUCUGGGCUUGUGAAAAGCAGAACGGAAACCACAAUGAGAGAAAACCAAAAUAUAACGGCUAAACUGUGAAUGUGAAACGAUAAACGUUGUUGAAUUUAUAUUACACUGGGAAGAAAAAGAUAGUAACGGGAGAGCAAACAAGUAAAUGAUGGCAGGCCCCGGAAAAAAGUGGAAUGUAGUGGAAGGAAAAUAAACAAAACAGAAAAAAACAUGUAAAAGAAAGAGAGAAAGUGAAAGAAAAAGUAUAUAUACAUAGAACAGAACGUAUUGCAAACAGAAAACAAAAUGUACGACAUUAUUCCAAAAAUAUCAUUGCUUUUCUACAGAUGCUCUCGCUCUUUCUCUCUCUAUAGUGUAAACAGCAAAGAAAGAGAACAAAACAACAGAACAGAACAAAAAAACUAGCGAACUUAUCUCCGAACCGCAGCGGGCGUGCAGAAGAGCCGUAAAAUUAUUUAAAUCCACUGAAUAGAAUAAAAUGGUAUAAGAAAGAAUAAGAAAGUAAAUAAAUUGAAUAAACUCUUACCUUUUACCAUUGGUCGUAAGCAAGGUGGUUAAAGUAAAAAAAAAACAAAAAAACAAGAAACAAAGAAUCAUACGUUUUGAAAAACUCGAUGAAUGUGGAUAGUUUACAACAACAGCAACCAAAAA